GAUGUCGUAUUCCGUAUUAUUUUUGUUUUUGUAACCUAAAAAAAAAACUAACUUAUUUGUAUACAAUUACUACAUAUUUAUCUAAUAAACAAUUAAAAUAGGGAGAAACGGUCAUGUCUGAUUCCGAAGAAGAUUAUAUGUCCGAUAAACUUCUACAAAAUUGCGAAAAAGAGGACAUUCGCCCAGGUUUAAUAUUCAAUAGAUCAAAGAAACGAGAUCAUGAACUAUAUAAAAAAACCGUCUCAAGUCAAAAAAAACCAAAGCUAGACACUGAAAAUGAGAUUCGUGAGCAGGGACUUCAGACUGCAAUAUCAUCAGAAAACAAGGGAUUUAAGCUUCUUGAGAAAAUGGGUUAUAAGGCAGGAACUAGCCUAGGAAAGUCAGAAAAGGGUGUAACUCAACCCAUUCGUAUUGAGGUAAAAUUAGGUAAUAAAGGUUUAGGCCAUAAAACUUUGUUGGAAGAAAGAAAGAGGAAGAAAACUGAAGUCAACAUUAACACUGAAAGAAACUUUAAGGCUUCAAAGAUAGAAAAAAAUGAGUUACAUAUACUGAAAAAAGACUUAUAUAAAGCACAAAAAGCAUGUGAAGAUUUAGAUUUCAGAAAUGAGAAGCAACUUCCUGAUAAAAAUUUUUUUUGGACAAAGCAUACAUUUUUAGAACUGACCAAGAAAAAGAAGAAAGAAGAAGAUGAAGAUUCAUCUGAAGAGGAUGAAGAUGAAGUUGAAGAAGAAGAAACCAAAGAAGUUCUAGCGGAGCAAUUGCAUGAUCUUCUUGAGUAUUUACGAAAUAACUAUUUUUAUUGUAUCUAUUGUGUUGCUAGAGCAACUGACAUAGAAGAUUUAAAUUCUUUUUGUCCUGGAAUAUCAAGAACAGAUCAUGAUGAUGAUAUUUAAUUUACUGUGUUUGGGAAGUUGUAUUUAUUAAUAAAUGGAAAUAAACAUUACAACACAAGCUGUGAUAUUUUU